CUUUUUCAAUUACCUGAGUACUACAUAGCAGUGGGAUUGAUAGUAGCUGCCCUGUGGAUUGUUUUUCCUUUCGUGCUCUACAAUCCAUUGAAAUGUAUGAAGCGGAUAUUCUACGUUCUAGGCCCGUUAGUAUUUACGCUACUAGUAAUUGUAGCAGUAGCUAUGGGACACAAAGAGGGCUUGAUGUCAAUCUACAACGCAACAUAUUGGCGUAACUUCGUUGAACCGAGGAUUUGGCACGACGCUUUGACUCAGGCACUCUGGUCAUCUCAGAUUGCUGGAGGGUACUUAGUCUCUGCCGGUAGUACCGUUUAUUCGAAUAUUGAUGUUCAUUGGACAGCGUUGAUAUUGGUUAGCGCGAAUAUUGUAGCCAGUUGGCUUGGAACCAUAUUAUGGUUCGCUAUUAUUGAUCCUACACUCAAAGAUAGUUCUGGAUUAUCGCUGCUGGUGCAAGCCCAUUUUACAACCCAUAAUAGAGGACUUCCCAUAGAGUGGUCAAUGGUUUUAUUUGUUACAAUAUUCAUAUCGGGAAUAAUAAGUAUGAUUAUUUUACUCUAUCCCAUAUACGAUCGUUUUAAUCGCAUCGGUGGUCGUAGAUGGCGAUUUGUAUCAUUUGCAUCGUCGUUUGUGGGUUGGAAGUCUGUCGUCGAAGAUGUUGAGUUUUUAUGUGGCGAUAAAAUGAAAAAAAUCUGGGUUCUCGGUUGGUGUGCUACGCCUGGCAUUAUAAUUCCGUUCUUGGUUUGGUGGAUGGUGAAAAUCAUUAUAGAAGAUUAUACUUCUUGGGAGAGCAUCGCUAUGCUAACAUCCGCUGGGUUCGCCAUAAUCACCUUCUUCUUAUUUGCAUUAUUCACAGUAUUGCGACAGGAACAAUACGACUGUUUUAGUAAAUUCUUGGCGUCGUUUAAACCUUCAAGACACUGGGGCCCUCGGGAUCCCAUCACACAUUACUAUUGGCUGACGCGGCGUGAAGAGGACCGAGGUACUGCAGUUCGGAGUCGGUACCACGGGCGCUACUUGAACCAGCUCCAGGAAUUAUCCGCGACCGACCCCAAUUACGACUCAUUAGGAAAUCCAAUUGGGAAAGUGAACGCAAAGCAACAACGUACAAAUUCUGACGAUUUGGUUUUCACAAUAUACAGGAGGCAGUAUAUGAAGGAUCAAUACGAUGAUAUCUUUGAUAUUCAGAAACAACGUCCUAAGUCUUUGGACUGGGACGUUCCUGCCAAGUUGAGUGAAAGAGAUUUCAAAUAUAGAGACAGUACAUUAGGCACUAGAAAGCUAUCAAUGGUGCAGAUUAAAAAAGUAGUACCUGUAAAAGUAAGACGUAUAUCUCUUGAGCCUAGAUGA